GGGGCAGAUAACUCUCACCGUGUUUCACAACACACAUCUGACUGAUGUGUUAAUGUGUUGUCAACGAACACACGUUUAUUAGUCAGAAACAAGGGAACUUCAGGGAUGGUGCGGGUUAAAAGAAGGUACCUCGUGUGUGAGGUAAUGGCGGAGGAUAACAAUCAGCUACAGAACACCAAGGAGUAUGAUGUGUACCGCGCCGUUUCUAGCGCCAUCAGCAGAGCCCAUGGCGACUACGGCAUGGGGUUCUUGAGAACAUCCCUAAAUGUGAAAUAUCUCAACAUUGGAACAGGAAUGGCAUUUAUUCGAAUCAGACGAGGAGCUCAGCAUCUCUUGCAGACAGCACUUGCAUUUGUCAAGAAAAUUGGCAACAUCAGUGUUAGUGUGAGAACGCUGCACGUUGCAGGGACAAUCCGCUCCUGUCAGAAGUUCCUCAUCAGAUAUCACAAACAGCAUCUCCCAGACUUCCUCCAGCACUGCUCCACACCAGAAGAGAAACUCCGGGUUCAGAGGUCCAUCAAGAUCGCCUGUGAGAAGGUGAACAUGUACAAGUACCAUUCUGAGAACCAGGGAAUUGAGGAGGGAGAGGACCCCUGAUGUCUGGAGAGUCUCAGCAGAGGGGACUCCUGAUGUAUGGGGAGUCUCAGCAGAGGGGACCCCUGAUGUCUGGAGAGUCUCAGCAGAGAGGACUCCUGAAGUCUGGGGAAUGUCAGCAGAGAGGACAGCUGAUGUCUGGAGAGUCUCAGCAGAGAGGACAGCUGAUGUCUGGAGAGUCUCAGCAGAGAGGACCCCUGAUGUCUGGAGAGUAUCAGCAGAGAGGACUCCUGAUGUCUGGGGAAUCUCAGCAGAGAGGACAGAUGAUGAUUCAGCCUAGAACAGGGGACAGAUGCUGAUUCAGCCUUGAACAGGGGUACAGCUGAUUCAGCCUAGAACAGGGGACAGAUAAUGAUUCAGCCUAGAACAGGGGACAGACGCUGAUUCAGCCUACAGCACUGAGAUAAGCUUCUGAUUCAGCCCAGAGCAGGGGACAGCUGAUCAUUCAGCCUUGAAUAUGGGGACGGAUGCUGAUCAGGCUAGAACAUGGGAACAGUAUUAUUUCAGCUUAAGGACAGCAUCUUGGUAUGGGGAAGGACACAUAUUGCAAAUCAUCACAGAUCAUCAUUCCGAAGGUAUGCUAGGUUAGUAGGGCACUGUGCAGGUAUUGUCCACAACCAACAGGUGGCAGAACAAGUCCACAGGAAACAGAUCCCUUUGUCAUGUAAUGGAAUUCGAAAACUGAAAAACAUUAAAAGUGAACUAAACUGGCAUAACUUGUUCUGUGUGAACUUUGGUCUUGUUGAUACGAUCUGAGAAUGAGUUAGUUACCAUGGUGACCAGAUAUCUGCAUUUCCCAGGUUUUUCAAAAUAUAUUUAGGUCAUGUGCAUGUGCUGAAAAUUGUAUUCUCUAAACAAGAAUGUAUAUAUUGACCAUCAAUAUUUAUUAAAGAGUGCCAGAAAUU